AAGAAGAAAUAUUCUCCAUUAAUUGAAGCAUUAUCCACGACGACGCUGUGCUCAAAAGCUUUCUCCUCGUGAAGCUUGAUUUCUUUUGACCACAAUGAAAGAAUUUAUCUUGGUAUUGUUGAUGACCCUCGUGCCAUUUAAUUCAUUUACAGUUAAGAGUGAAUUAAUAUUCGAUAGCUGUAAUGACGAGAUAGAGGUCAUUGUCGUCCUAGAUGGUUCACAUAGCAUAUCCGAUGACGAUUUCCUGAAUAUCAAAGAGUCUUUAGCAAGGUUUGCAUUAGCUCUGGGAAUAGAUGGAACCUCGGACCUGAAACUAGGUGUGGUUGUAUACGGUUCAAAUGUUUCAGAAGUUAUCCCGUUAUCAAACGACGCCGUCUACCUUAUUCAAAAGAUUAACAACAUCACGCAUCCAAAUGGAGAAACAUAUACCCAUCUCGGAAUAAGGAAUAUGGCGGACAUGUUUUUGAAUGAUGGUAAUUCUGAACUACCCCAAUUUGGAAUAGUCAUAACAGAUGGUGCUUCCAACUUUACAAAUGAAACAGCAGAAGAAGCACAAAGCGCCAAGGAUGAUGGUGUUAUCAUGUUUGCUAUUGGAGUUGGAGAUCUAACUGAUCAGGAUGAGUUAAUAUCUAUCGAAUCACCAGACGUCCAAUCAAUAGAGCUCGACAACUAUGACCAACUUGACCAGGCUAUCAAUAGUUUAAUUUCCACUAUUUGCCCAAAUGCAACUAAAAACUUAGUGCCAAUAGAUACUGGUGAUGGUGGGCCGUGUGAUGGAUGUCUGAUGUGGAAUGGUAUCGGUUAUAACUCUCACCAAGACUGUGACAAAUACAUCCAAUGUGAAUUCACCGACGACAGCUUCGAUUACUACCUGUAUUCUGUGAUUCAGUGUCCAUUUGGAACUUUCUGGGAUCAGGAGACAGUGACAUGUAAUCAUAUUGACCAGGUUUCGUGUGCUAAUGAUGAAUGCUAUGUAUAUGAUAUUUCAACCUACACAGUAAGUGAUUCGUGUUCUGAAUAUUACGAAUGUGUUGACGGCGAAUCUAAACCCAGAAGGUGUGCCCCAGGUUCCUCCUUCUCUUCUGGUAGUUGUGUUGUGGAUCCUGAUUGCCGAGAAACCGGCGUAGGUGAUGUUAACAAUGAUACCUGUUACACUACACGGAUUGAAAACGAGCCAUGUUUUUAUGAAUUGAUUGUCCAUGAUUUCACAUUUAAACUUCCUUGCCCACCUGGAACGUCCUAUGAUGCUGCAGAGUGCAUCUGUACCACAGCAAAUUUCACUUCCUGUGCUGCCCCUGAAUGUCUGCCAGCGGUCGACAUUGAUUUUAAUUCGACAGAACAGGGUGAAUACGACAACUAUGGAGCAUAUGUCAACUAUACUGAUGGAACAGCUUAUUUUGAUGGGGACAGUGACAUUAAGAUACUCCGUUUGGCCAACGUUGACUUUAGAUCGAAGAUCCGUAUCGAGGUGUCUUAUAAACCAGAAUUUCCCGAUGAUGCUUCAGUAACGGAGGCUGUUGUAUCCAACGGAGACUGUGGCAAGCUCGAGGUUAUUUCUAUUGCAAGUAAUGGUGACGAAACUGUAUUCAGUAUUGAAAACACAGUUUCCCAAUUGUCGCAAAUUUCUCUCACUUCAACGACAGAUGAUUUUCGAGAGGUUGUAUAUGAGUUGAAUGCUGGUACUUUCUCAGCACAGGUUGGCACCAACUCAAAUACCAAGACUUUUCCAGGUUUGUAUAAUUAG